AAAAAAACAAAUCUGUAAGACGGAUUUUGAGCUAUUCUUGAGAGACGUCUGACAGGAACGGAAAUAUGUUCCGAAGAUCUGAUCUGUCUUCUUAUGAUCAAGAAGAUCUUCACCUCUGUAAUUGUAAUGCAGGUUUUUUUUGUUUUUGUUUUUGUUUUUGUUUUGUUUGUUUGUUUGUUUUUGGCGUAGCUAAGGAACCUUUCCCACACUAGUACUGCACAACCCCACACCCUCCCCUUGAAACAGAAAUUUUCACUGGCGAGUCACGCGAUUGCUUAUGGGUAAUACAUGCUUGCAAAAUGGCGGCCACCUGAGCCGAUUACCCUAGUUGUAAUUUUUUCUUAGUUCUUUCCCAAAUUAUGACAUGUACAGGUCUGUAUACAAUUACAAAGGGAAAGAUAGAGGGGUUCUACCCGUUCGAGCAGGAGAACAGUUUACAUUUAUCGAGCAACAUGACGCUAACUGGUGGAAAAUGCGCUCUCAAACCGGCUCUGUUGGACUUGUUCCGACUUGUUAUUUGGAGCCUGUCCACAACGACACGGUCAACCCAGGAGAGACACAAGCAGUACUAGAAUCAGUAGACAGAGCUAUUGAAGCCAUCCAUUCCCAAGCAGCUAAAACUGGAGAGAUCUACACACAUGAACAGAGAACAAAUUUGAGAAAAUUGCUAGAACACAGGAAGCAUCUUCAAGAUCAAUCUGGGAAGAUUUCUCCUAUCAAAGAGUCUCAGUCUUCACAGCUGCAUCAUGGUGGAGUGCAAAGCAAGGCAUCAGUUCCUACGCAGGAUCCACCAGCUCAACCUAGACGCCCUGCACCAACACUUCCACCUGAAAAGGAUAAGAAAGAGAAAAAGAAGGAGUCAACAAAGAGAAGGCCAGCUCCAGCUGCACCUGCUGCAGCUUCACAACAAGCCAAUAAAAUGAAAGGUGAAUCAUCUUCAGAAAUAAAAGAACCUUCUCCUCCUCUUCCUGCUGUGCCCCAGAGAACUGAUCUUGAGCCUGUAAAGAUACGAGCGGGGAUAGCAGCAGAGUUGUUAGAGCUUUUACGCAUAAACACAGGUUUGAGUUAUGACAAGUCCUAUGUUGCAGUCCAUACAGUCGUAUCACACUUACAACAGUGUGUGCCAGCGACAUCAGAGGCCAUGACACAGAUAAUACAAGAUCUUGCCAAUCAAAGGGAAUCUCGCAGUGAAGAUGAAGAUGCUUUGCUUCAAUCACAUGAUGGUCAGCAACUCAUUAGGAUUCUUGACGAAUUGACGGAACACAAAGAAGACUCACAGCAAAGAACCUGGGCAGUUCAUGAAGAUGAAGGGAUUAUUUGCAAACUGCUGAAAGAACUGCUGAGUAUUCUGCUGGAUGCUGACCCUUCUGUUUGCCGAGCUGUGUUGAAACAAGAUGAUUAUGAAUAUGUCAAUAUGCUUGUUGUCUACUUUCAAAUGGAAGAAAGACGAUCACUACGCCAACAAUUAGUUGAAGUAUUUGGCUGUAUGUGUGGCUUGGAGAAGGAAAUUCUGUCAGAGCUGCUGUGCUCUGUGUUACCUACAGAACUGGCUAUAGAGAUCAUGAACAAGAAACAUGAUGUUCUAAUGCAGUGUCAUUGUGCUUUGUUACUGACAAUGAUCUUUUCAACUGGAGAAUCGGUUCCAUUUACUCUUUAUGAUCAGGUGAAUGAUGGAUUUGUGGAUUUUAUUAUUGACGUCAUUGAAAGUGCCGGAAGUGGUGAGCAUGGUGAAGAGGUUGUGGAUGCUCUUGUUCCUCUCAUUCUUGCAUUCAACCAACACUUUGUAGAUUUCCAAAGUAAUAUUGUGAUGAGGGUGCUGGCUUCCCGUGGAACAGCUAAAACACUGAGUGAGAAAAUCAUGUUACUUAUCAACAGAGAAGAGGAUCCCACAGCCAUGUUUCAAUAUCCUCGAGCUUGUCCUGACUCGGUACUCAAGUUUCUUACAGACAUCUUUUCAUCGCAAGAUACUUCUGAGUUUUUCUACACUUCAGACAUGAUGAUUCUUAUAGAGAUUGUUUUGCGACAGUUGGUAGAUCUUUCUCCUGGAGCUGGGAUGAGAACAGAAUACAUAUCUUUACUACACCAAAUCCUGAUGAAUUCUAACUACAGUGAACACAAACAUCAAGCUGAUGAACUGUUGUUUUGCCUCAAGAGAAUUAGCAAGGAAGAAGACAAAGAAAGCGAACAAGAUAGACUCAUUGUACAAGAAAUUCUAAAGCACUCUGCAAAAUAUUUCUGAACAGAUUUGUGGUUUACAAUGGUUGCUAACUCUUUCAGGCUCAGUUGUUUCAGUAUACAAAUUGAACACACUUAACAAAAUUGACAGCCUCUGUACUUAAUUUCCAGAAGUACACAUCUAGUAUAUUUUCCUUACAAUAUUGUCAAGCUGUCAGUAAGAAUAAUCAGAAAUUCCUGUAUAUUGACUCCUAUCAACUAACUUUGAGCUCUGUUUUGUAAGCUACUGACUGAGUCUGCAUGUGGCUAAAACUAGACUUGCCACAAGUCAACCUUGACUUACUUAUCUCAAGCGACGAAGUCAAAUCUUUGAGUGAGGAAGUCGCGAGGGCAAGCGUGAGCAACUUAAGUCCAACAUAUUUCCAGUGGCAAAACCAACAGGCCAGGGAAGAAUUAUUGGAAAUGAAUUUUAAGCUAAAAUCUGAAACUACAAUCUUUCCACCCCACAGCCACCUUCC